UGUAUAAAGGAGACUGUCACUGAACCUCUUCUUUUUGAAAAGUAACCUAUAAGAAAUUUAUUUUUGCACGGCAGAAUUAUGGUUGAACUUUGAUUAUCUCCAAGUAGACAACUUAGCUAGAAAUUACUCUAUAUAUUGGACCACAUACCAUACCUUACACAUACGAACAUACGUUCUAUUAUAUAAUGUACGUACAUUAUAUCUAACUUUAAAUUAAUCGUCUUAGCUUGUAUUGUAUCCUCGAUCUAUUAUGGCUUCCAAUUCCCGUCGAAUAUCGGCUAUAGAGGUGGAGAUCGUCACACAAUCAUUGGAAACUCGAGAGGGAUUCGAGUUUCCAAGUUGUGGAGAUCACGACGAUGGUGUAUUUUUAACAUGGCAAGAUCUAUGUGUAACAGUUUCUGAUAAAGAAUCUGGUGAUACUAAACGUAUAAUCCAAGAUGCAACUGGGUACGCUUCCCCUGGUCAAGUGUUGGCUAUUAUGGGUCCUUCAGGCAGUGGCAAGUCCACUCUCCUUGAUGCCUUAGCAGGAAGAUUGAAUUUAAGCAUAAAACAAAGUGGAUUAAUGCUCAUUAAUGGCUGUAAACAAGCUUCUGCUAGUGGUACAUUGGCUUAUGUGACACAAGAUGAUACACUGAUGACAACCUUAACAGUAAGAGAAACAAUGUAUUACUCUAGUGAGCUCCUAUUACCACCUUCCAUGCCCAAAAUAGAGAAGCAAAAAAGGGCAGAAAAUUGCAUAAAAGAGAUGGGUUUACAAGAAGCAAUGGACACAAGAGUAGGGGGAUGGGGUGUAAAAGGCUUAAGUGGUGGAGAAAAAAGAAGACUUAGUCUUUGUAUUGAGAUUUUACCCCAUCCUAAGCUUCUACUCCUUGACGAGCCCACGAGUGGACUCGAUAGCGCAGCCUCGUUUCAUGUCAUGAGUCGAAUUGCGAGCAAAGAACGAAUCAUAGGCAGGACGAUUGUUGCAUCGAUCCAUCAACCGAGUAGCCAAGUUUUCGAGUUGUUUGAUAAUUUGUGCCUUUUAUCAGCUGGAAGAACUGUGUAUUUUGGGCCUGCACAACAAGCAAAUAAGUUCUUUGCAUCAAAUGGUUUUCCAUGCCCACCAUUACAAAACCCUCCUGAUCACUUCCUUCAGAUGACAAACAAAGACUUCGAUCAGGACAUUGAGCAAGGACUAUCAACAAGAAAAUCAACAGAGGACAACAUCAAAAUUUUGCUAAACUCAUACAAGUCAUCUCACAAUUACCAACAAGUUGAAAGUGUGAUCAACGAAAUAUGUAAAAGGAAACACAAGGAGUUGGAGAUAAGAAAACGUGCUAGUUUCUUAGCCCAAUGCCAAGUUCUUACUCGAAGAUCCUUUGUGAACAUGUGCCGUGAUUGGGGCUACUAUUGGCUACGCCUUGUUAUCUACAUCAUUUUGGGCCUCUCACUUGGCACUCUUUAUUUGCAUUUAGGUUAUAGUUUUAGGUUAAUUCAUGCAAGAGUGUCCUUACUUGUGUUUGUGGCUUCGUUUUUGACUAUCAUGGCAAUUGGUGGAUUUCCUUCUUUUGUCGAAGAUAUGAAGGUAUUCAAACAUGAAAAUCUAAAUGGUCACUAUGGAACAGCUUCAUUUGUAGUAGGCAACACACUUUCAUCCAUGCCAUUCUUAUUCCUACUUGCCAUAAUCCCUGGAUCAAUGGCUUACUAUAUGCCUGGACUCAAACAAGGAUUUGAAUACUUCUCCUACUUCACCCUCAUUCUUUUUACUUGCAUGCUAUUAGUAGAAAGUCUAAUGAUGAUUGUAGCAAGUUUAGUACCCAAUUUCCUUUUGGGUGUAAUAUCAGGGGCAGGACUUCAAGGGUUAAUGCUUUUAGGUGGUGGGUAUUUCCAAUUACCACAAGAUCUUCCAACCAUUUUUUGGAGAUACCCUUUAUACUAUGUUUCAUUCCAUAAGUAUGCUUUUCAAGGAUUGUUUAAGAAUGAGUUUUUAGGGUUGAAAUUCUCUAGUGAUGGUGGGUUUAGCUCAAAUAUAUUGGAUAUUAGUUCAAAUAUGAUGAAUGGGGUUGAAAUUCUUGAAGAGAUAUUGCAAGUGGAAACUAGGUAUUCUAAAUGGGUUGAUCUUUUUGUAUUGUUGGGUAUGGUCAUCAUAUGUCGUUUAUUGUUUUUGAUCAUCAUCAAGACUUUGGAAAAGAUCAAGAAUGUGAUGAGAUCUUUGAUGAGAUGACCACCACCAUUGCAAGUUGUUGAAGUUGAUGGUUCAUAGUUACAUAUAUGGCAUUAGAAUUGUAAUUUUACUUUGAAUAUAUAGAGAAGAUUGCUAUGAAAGUUGUUAAAAUUCCUAUACAUAAAGUUUGUACUAUUGCAUGAAUUACUAUACUUGAUUUCUCCCUA